AUGUCGUUUUCGUGGAUGAAUUCUCAUCAUAAUCAUCAUCAUAGACGGCCUCGCCGUCACUAUCGACGACCGGCACCAGUGUUUCGUUACGGCUACGGACAACCUUAUGGUUAUGGCUAUGCGCAGCCUAUAUCAUCAUCUCCACACGCUAGUAACUAUAGUGGUGGUUUUUCAGGAUAUCCGAUCACACACGCACACGUGCCAAUUGUUCAUCACGGACAUCAUCACGGCGGAGCUUCAGCAUGUGCUAGCGGAGUCAAUUUAGGUGCUAGUAGUAGUUGUUUCGGAGGUGGUGGCUGUGCUGGUAGUGGAGGUGGCGCAGGUGGUGGAGGUGNCCGCAUGGUUGUCUGUAAACUGAAAUUUUCAGGUUUGACCGUGACCGUAAAUCGUUCAAUUAGUAGUCGUCGUCGACGAAGUAUUCGUUCGUAG